AUGGCGUGGUUAGGUCUUACCGGAAGUCCCCCGGGCGAUAAGUAUCCUGUGGAUACCAUGGUGAACGCUCUCAGGGACAUCUUCGACUCGAAGGACCUCAUUGGGACGUGCAUAUCGGUGAACGGACAGGAGCGGAAGUGCUGUGACGGUAUCCGGUCGUGCUUCGUGGCCCUGCGCAAGGCGGUGGACGCCGCUCAGAUCCGGGGCAUUGAGAUGCAGAACAUGCAGAAAGAGUGCAGGAUCCUGGAUGCCGAGUUGUCCGCAAGUGAAAAAUGCGUGGAUACCUGGACGGGCGUCUGUGAUCGUCACACGAACUCUGACGUCAUUUCCGGCAACUACCAGGAGUUUGCUGGCGAACUACGAACCACGCUGGACAGACAUUGCUCAGAACAACCUCAAAAUGUUACAAGGCAUGCCGACACACCUACAGACACAACGACACAACCCGUAAUGACAACCCCCUACUUGAACACCACAGUGGCCUUCGCCCCAACACCAACCGGAAACGGAAGCCAUGCCUCACCGCAAGGCGGCAGCGGGGGAAAUGGCGACAAUUUUAUGACCGCGGGAUUGGCGGUAGGGGGCGCCCUGCUGUUCUUGGGAGUCUUUGGUGUCAUCUUGUGGCGAUGUCGACUCUUAUUCAAACGGUCAGGACUCCAGAAGGAUUUUGGCUACUCGAUGAGUCGAAGUGAGAAUGAAUGCGAGACCGAAAUAUACGCCGAGAUAGACGAUGCCUUUAUGAAAGCUGUUUAUGAACAUGACCAGACGACUGACGUGAACCCGCGUGAUCGGGUUCCGUCAAACGCUCAAGUGAACGUCUGCUACCAGAGUGGCCUGGAGGAUGGCGGCAUCAUUCCGUCGUCAAGAAGAUGCGCUAAGAAUGACAACGUUGAAAUAAGGGGUCAGUCGGCGUUAGUUCGGUUGGCGAACAAGAAAUGGUUUCCGCUCAGUAAAACAAGUUCUACAGAUGCGUGCAAUGCGCUCCCUGCAGAUGACUCGAUGGGUAGUGGUCAGUAUGAUACAAUAACUGACCAUCCACUGCCCAUCGCCGGGCAGGAACCAGUCUACGCGGUACCGAAAGGAGGCGAUGGUUGUGGAGGUACAAAGCAAAGGAGCUACGCAAGGGACGCAAUUAUGAGUCCACCGCAGAAUCACAGUAGUUUCCCUUUAGAGUUAAGCGCGCACAAUGUCUACUCGCAUUCUGUCAGCCCAAGAAAUGUUUACGUCAACGCGGCAGAAAGCAAUGCGAGCAAGAACAAGAGAACAGUGAAGAAAAGAAACGAGAUAAUUCAAAAUGCCACCGAGGGCAGUUUUAACCACAACGACGAUUCCAUGAUGGUGUAUUAGAUGAAUGGGUGUGUUUUCGACUUUGCAGAAACCCAAAAGAGGACGUCCCUAUUUAACGAAAUAUUUUGCGAACUAUUCGUUGCUUUUAAGUAUUUAUGUGACUUUAAUAGUUUUAUGAUCAAGAUAUUAUCAAAAAAAGACGAAGUAGAUAUGACUUUAUCAGAGUGUAUGUUCAUAUCUGCGUCAUAAGUUAUUACAACUUGACAUUAUCUUUCUUGUUUAUACGUGCUUCUUCUUGAAUAAGAAUGUCUGCAGAUACCUUUCUUAUUGUUCUGGCGACUUUUAAUUCAUAUAUGUAAGAAAAACACGUUUUGUAUAUAAUAUAAAUGUACACAAUAAUUUUUUGUUUGAUUUACUUGUUUUACCAAAUAAAAGUGU